AUGGAUGCAUUGGGUGAUAACGCUCGAGCAAGAUUAGUGACAUGGUAUGUCAAUACGCAAUUGAGGGAAUAUAGGCAAGUUUUCAGGGGAAAUGACGAAGCUGGAAGCCUGGAUAAUAUUGGUAGAAGAUACAGUUGGUUCAGGAGAAUGCUAAAGACAUUUGAGGAUGAACAUGCAGGAAUAUUUCCUGCUGGGUGGAGAGUCAAUGAGGUUCUGGCAAAUGCCUUCUGUGAAGGUACCAGGGAUGAUUUCAAGGGCAUUUUGGAGCGGAGCAUGCGUCGAACAGAUGGAGGUAGGAUAGACGUCAAUCUGCUCUUGAGUUGCCUUCAGGAGACUAUGGAUUUUGAGCAAAGUCUCGAGAAAAGAUUCGCUACAGGGGCAAGAGCAAGUAUCGAUACUCUAAGCUCUCUCGAAGAUAAACCCCUGACCUUUCAUGGGUCUAUAUCCGAGGCUUUUGAACCGUAUCUCAGUCUCUGGGUUGACUCACAAGACAAGCAACUCGCCACAAUGAUACCCAAGUACCGAAUUCAGCCACUACUAGCAGCUGAUGAAGAAUUCUCCCCACAGGCCGUGAUUCCGUCAUCCAUCGAACUGUUUCACUUCUACAAGACAUCCUUGGCUCAAUGUGCUAAGCUGUCAACCAGUGAACGGCUUCUUGACUUCUCGAAGAUCUUAGCUAAAUACCUCGAUCAAUAUGCUCAGCAGGUUCUACUAUUCUUCUUACAAGGAGCAGGAGGACCUAGUCUUGAACAUACGAUCCUUGUUCUCAACACAGCAGAUUACUGGCACGCGAAUACUCAGCAAUUAGAAGAUAAUCUGAAAAGGAGAAUCGAUAGUGACUUGGCAACAAAAGUGGACUUAUCGUCACAAUCUGAUACGUUUAUGGGAGUUGCCAGUGCGGCAGUUCUAUCAUUGGUAAACAGAGUUGAAGUUGAUUGCGAAGGAUCAUGGCGUGAGAUGAAAAAUACGAAUUGGAGCAAAAUGGAAAGCGUGGGAGAUCAAAGCAGUUAUGUGGCAGAGUUGUUGAAACAUGUCAAUGAUCAAGCAGGAAAAAUUCUACCCUUGGUGGCGAAACAGCAAUAUGCGCGUGCAUUCUGUGAUAACGUUGUCGAGCAUUUGGCAAAUACAUAUAUCGCGAACAUCGUUCAAUGCCGGCCUGUAUCCGAGGUAGGCGCCGAACAGAUGUUACUAGACAAAUAUGUCUUAACCAAAGGAUUAACAGCUCUGCUCACUCAUUCCCCAUCUCCCUCAUCAGCCACUGCAAAUACUGCAUUUCAAAAACGUGUGAAUAACAUAAUGGCUCGUCUCGACCCGCUCCUGAAGACGCUACAGGUCCGCCCAUCACCACCAGAGGGACUGGUCCAAGCAUAUCUAAUUCACAUCGCCGAUCGUAGCGAUACGAACUUCCGGAAAAUUCUAGAAUUGAAGGGGGUCAGGAAGCAAGAUCAGCCUGCAUUAGUUGAAAUGUUCGGUAUGCAUAGGGAUGGUAAGACUAACGAGCACCUGGUGCAAAACUCACCUCUUCUCACGCCACUUAUGAAUGUCGCGGGACUUAGCAGCACAGGUUUAGGAAUUGGAACACCUAGUGGCAUGCCAGGACUACAGACACGAUUUGACCCCGCUGGUUUUGGAGAAAAGCUGUUUAGUGCGGCAAGGGAUAGUAUGGGAACUGGAGGGGUUGGUGACAGAGGAGUAAGCCCUUUGGGCGAGGAUGCAAAGGCUGCCAUGGAAGGAAAUUUGAAGAGUAUUGGAAAGUUCUUCAGGAGAGAUAUGACUGGGUUUGGUGGGAUGAAUAUAGGGGGAAGGUUUGGUGCCAAAAAAGACGCUCUUAAACGGACUUUGAGGGCAAGUGGUUCGGGUGUUUCGAUUGCGGCUGCUGCGUGUAUUCAACAGAAGAAUACGGUAAAAAGUAAUAGCACCAGCUUGCUUGGAAGAAAUAUAGAGAGAAGGAUGCAUAUUAUUGGCUCCGGCCCGGCGGCUCACACUGCUGCUAUUUAUCUUGCGCGGGCGGAAUUGAAACCUGUGCUCUAUGAGGGUUUCCUAGCAAAUGGUAUUGCUGCCGGUGGACAGUUGACUACCACUACUGAUGUAGAGAAUUUCCCCGGUUUCCCCAAGGGAAUUGGCGGGCAAGAACUUAUGGACAACAUGCGCGAACAAUCCGAACGAUUCGGCACUGAAAUUGUUACCGAAACAGUCGCAAAAGUAGACCUCUCCAAACGUCCUUUCAAGUACUGGACCGAAUGGGACGAUAAGACAGAACACACAGCCGACUCUAUUAUCAUCGCUACUGGUGCAUCGGCUCGCAGACUCGGUCUUCCAGGUGAGGAUAAAUACUGGCAAAAUGGUAUCUCGGCCUGCGCAGUCUGUGACGGAGCCGUCCCAAUUUUCAGAAAUAAGCCUUUGGUAGUUAUUGGUGGUGGAGAUAGUGCCGCGGAAGAAGCCAUGUUUCUUACGAAAUACGGGUCUCAUGUUACGGUUCUGGUCCGAAAAGAUCAUCUACGCGCGUCGAAAACGAUGGCUAAGAGAUUGCUUGCCAAUAAGAAAGUCACUGUCAGGUACAAUACCGUUGGAGGCGAAAUUACUGGUGAUGAUAAGGGUUUGAUGACCCAUAUGAUUUUCAAAAACCCCACUACUGGAGAGGAAGAGAAGGCAGAGGCCAAUGGAUUAUUUUAUGCCGUCGGACAUGACCCAGCUACUGCAUUGUUCAAGGAACAAAUCGACACGGAUUCUGAGGGCUACAUUGUCACCAAGCCCGGAACGAGUUACACAAACGUGGAGGGAGUUUUCGCUGCCGGUGAUGUUCAAGAUAAGAGAUAUAGACAGGCUAUUACCAGUGCUGGAUCUGGAUGUAUCGCAGCUCUCGAGGCCGAAAAAUUCCUCGCCGAGCAAGAGGACACGGAGAAUGAUUUGGAGAAGGAGAAUCAAGCUGAGAAGGGUAGCAAUGUUGUGGUACCUGAGUAUAGAUCUAACCCUUUGCUUUAA